AUGGCUGUAAAGAAAUCAAAGAAAACCAGUGAAUCAAUAAAUUCACGCCUGGCACUUGUCAUGAAAAGUGGCAAAUACUGCCUCGGCUAUAAAUCUACUCUAAAGGCUCUCCGACAGGGCAAAGCUAAACUCGUAAUCAUUUCUGGUAAUUGUCCUCCGCUUCGUAAGCAUGAAUUGGAAUAUUAUGCCAUGCUGGCAAAGACUACAGUACAUCAUUAUGCCGGAAACAACGUUGACCUUGGAACCGCGUGCGGUAAAUAUUUCCGCGUGUGCGUGAUGAGUAUAACCGAUCCAGGUGACUCGGAUAUUCUGGCUACUCAGACCCAAUAA